GGGAGUGAGAGCCAUGUGUGAGAUAGGGAGUCAGAGGGGUUUGGACGGUCGCUGGCACUGCUCCGCGGCUCAGUCGACUGAUGACCUGCUGGUGGCCUCAGCAGAAUGUCCGAGUGAUGACGAGGAUAUCGACCCCUGUGACCCCAGCUCAGCGCGCCCGCCCCUCCCAGAGGUGAAGCUGUUCCCGGAGCCGUCGGAGGUGGUGCGGGAGUCCAGCAGCACCACGGGGAUGGUGGUGGGCAUCGUGGCCGCCGCCGCCCUCUGCAUCCUCAUCCUGCUCUACGCCAUGUACAAGUACCGCAACCGCGACGAGGGCUCGUACCACGUGGACGAGAGCCGCAACUACAUCAGCAACUCGGCCACCCAGCCCAACGGCUCGGCCAAGGACAAGCCGCUGGGCAUCGCCAAGAUCUCCAAGAGCAAGAAGAACAAGGACAAGGAGUACUACGUCUGAGGGCCGCCCGCCGCCACCACCGCCACCUCCACCACCACCACCACCACCGCGAUACCACCACCA